AGCGAGACACAUCACGUGACCGAGGCCAACGCUCCUGGCGGCGGGUGGACGUGGUUCUACUGCCCGCUCUUCUCUCUUCUCUCUUGGCGUCUUCAUGCUUAUCCGCGCAGUCGUCUGGCGCGUCCCCGGCUCCCAGGUUACUCCCCGCGUCAUGGCCUGGAGGCGGGCGAGAACCCGCUCCUCGUCUCGCCCCGUCCACCGUGUCAAUUAGCGGGCUCGUUUGGGGAGCAGCAGGCGCGGAGAAGAAAAGAUGUCCUGGAUGGUGCCAUGUGAAUGACUGAAGACCAUGAAGCCCACUCGCAAGCUGCUGUUCGUCCUGUGCCCCAUGCUGGUCCUCGGCUUCAUUUACUACUCCUCUGGGAAGCUACACCUACACGUAUGGGGCCAGAAGUUACAGCUUGAUGCUGAUGUGGCUACAGUAGUCCCGACUAAAGGGACUGAAGUGAAAAGAAUUGCAGAGCUGGAAUCGGAUACCUCCGUGGGACUAAUUGUAGGCUCAGUGUAUGAUAAUCAGGGCUUUUUGCUGCAGCUAGACGCAAAAUUGCCACCAGAGCUGGCAUACAAGUACGGCAAUCUCAGUGAAGGAACAUGCAAGCCAGGAUAUGCAGCAGCAAAGAUGACCACCAUCUAUCCAAAGUUCAUGAAGGCAGCACCCAUGUUUCUCGACCCCAACUUCAAGCGACUCGCCAAAGUCAGCAGUUACUUGCCUCCCUUCGGAUUCAAAACCCAAGAGAGAAUCAUUGACAGCAUUUUGACCACCACCAAAAACUUUGGACUUGGGGACGAGCUGGACAGCCUCAGCUGUAAAAGAUGCAUCAUCGUGGGAAACGGCGGCAUCCUAUCCGACAAGUCGCUGGGUUCCGUUAUAGACGACUAUGACGUCGUGGUCAGAUUGAAUGAAGCCCCGGUGGCCGGUUACAGCAAAGACGUCGGGACCAAAACGACACUGAGAAUUACUUAUCCAGAGGGAGCUAUUCAGAAGCCCGAACAUUAUGAAAAGGAUUCCCUUUUUGUGUUUUCUGCUUUCAAACCACCGGACUUCAAGUGGCUUCGGCAGAUGGUCUUUAAGGAGAGACUGCGAGGAACCGAGGGCUUUUGGAAGUCCGUGGCCCAGCAUGUGCCCCGUGAGCCCAGCGAGAUAAGAAUCCUCAACCCCUACUUCAUCCAGGAGGCCGCCUUCCAGUUCAUAGGCCUGCCCUUUAACAACGGCAUCAUGGGAAAAGGGAACAUUCCAACCCUGGGCACGGUUGCCAUAACGAUGGCGCUGCACAACUGUGAUGAGGUGGCGGUGGCCGGUUUCGGCUACGACAUGAGCAUGCCCCACGCCCCGCUGCACUAUUACGAGACUGUCAAGAUGUCCGCUAUUAAGGAGUCGUGGACCCACAACAUAUCCAAGGAGAAGGAGUUCCUGCGCAAGUUAGUGAAGGCCAACGUCAUCACAGACCUCACCAAUGGUAUCUGAGUACACUUUUCUCUUCCCCGAUGGACUUACCGCGCAGGAAGCCGGGAAAGGGCGAGAAAGAAAGCCCGGCGGGCUUUUCAUAUCCGAGGACGGGACUUCAAACACGAGAAGUCGGUUAAGUGGUGACUUGCACACGUGCCUUCUGAACCAAAGACGCCGACCGAUGCACGCAGUCGGCCACAAGGGGGUGGGGGCGACUGGAUCCGCCCACUUCCUGUCUGAUCGCCUGCAUUUGAGCGGUUACCACUUGAGUUGGACACGAAUGACUUCUGACAGGGUGCAGGGACGGGUAUUAGCAGAGUAUUAGCAGUGCCAAACGUACCUCCGAGGCCAGAGAAGUGGCGCUCCUCUCCUUUUCUUGACUGCCUGAAUGUAUUCACGUCCCUCAGUGUCAAUGGCAGAUUUAGAUUUUUACCUUC